ACAUGGCUCCUUAAUCAGAACUACGGAUAGGAUGCGAUGAUCGCCCUCUCCCUCUCUUGUGUUUUGAUUUAUGUGACCUUAUUAUUCCACAUAGCCGCCCAAGACCCGGAAGUUGUAUUCCAGGGGUGGUGUACGGUUAUCAGUGAGAGUGAAACGAAAGGGUUUGAGGCUAGUGUUCAUUAGAACCCCCCCCUGUGUUAGGUAUUGGUUGGGGAGGACGUGCAGCUGAAGGGUGAGAAAGGCCAAAACCAGAAUGUUUAUAUGUGCACGGUGUGUGUGACAUGACACCUGUCAAAUUCUGCUCAUUGCAUUGAUGUGAGUCUUUUUGUAACGGGAAUUGAAUAGUUUACUGUGACCAUAAUGAAUGGGCAGCCACUUUCCAGAAUGAUCCACAGAUGAGAAGAGGAAUUGGUGGUUGCUGUAGGGAGUAUGUGGGAGUCGCAUUGGCUGGCUGUGAUAGGAGUGCUCUGCAUUAUCCGGCAGGACUCCCCGGUAGUGAUUUAGUGUUUGGGUUGCGUGUAGCGUGUAAAUGGCAGUCAGAAAGGGAUAUAGCGCUCUGAUGGUCUUUCUCUGGCGGUAGCGGGACAGUAUGAUCUCCCAUAGAGACAGAGGGGAUCUGGCGCGGUUUUACACGGUCACUGAUCCUAGAAGACACCAGAAGGGUUUCACCAUAUAUAAAGUCACAGCCAGGGUCGUGUCCCGAAAAAACCCUGAAGAUGUCCAAGAGAUAGUUACUUGGAAGAGAUACAGCGACUUUAAGAAACUACAUAGAGAUCUCUGGCAAUUACACAAACUUCUCUUCAGACAGACCGAGCUGUUUCCGCCCUUCGCUAAAGCCAAGCUGUUUGGGAGGUUUGAUGAGGCCGUAAUUGAAGAGAGGCGACAAUGUGCCGAGGACUUACUCCAGUUUUCCGCUAACAUCCCAGCGCUCUACAGCAGCAGUCAGUUUGAGGAUUUCUUCAAGGGUGGAGAAGUGCAUGAUGGGUCAGAUCUGAUUGGUCCAGCUGAGCCAUUUACAGAUUUUACAGACAGUCUGUCUGACUGUAGCUCUGAUGUGAGGAAGGACUCGUUUGGACUCGAUGACGUGACAUUUGCCAGUCAGUCUGAAUGUGGAGGUCUGUCCGGUGACAGUGAUCUGAUCUCUCUGACGGUGGACGUAGACUCUCUCUCGGGGUUGGAUAAUGGAAUGGCCUCCAAUCAGACUUCACCCAGUAGACCGCUCGCCGUCUCUCCAUGCGCGGAGUCAGUAGCUCAGGGCUUCUCUGCCGCUAGCCUCGAUGCAUCCAGAGGCGAGACGGAGAAAGAAAGCCGUGGCCUGUUCCCUGUCCUGCUGAGGCAAAAAACGGACAAAUCGGACUACUUAACGAAGGCCGGCGAGCUCAUCACCAUGGCCUUAAACAAAGAGACCGAGCAGGACUAUGAAGCUGCCUUCAGCUUUUACAGGAAAGGGGUCGAUCUCCUCCUGGAAGGCGUGCAAGGCGAGUCCAGCCCAACGCGAAGGGAAGCCGUGAAGAAGAAGACGGCUGAAUACCUGAUGCGUGCGGAGACCAUUUCUAGCCUGUGCAUUAGACGUUCCACCGAUGAGGGUCUACUUAGCGAUCCUCCAGGAGCUCGGAGUUCAAGGCCCUCUUGGAACCUAAGGAGUCCUGCAGAGGAACUGAAGGCCUUCAGAGUGCUCGGGGUGAUUGACAAGGUUCUGCUUGUCCUGGAUACAAGAACACAGGAGACGUUUAUUUUAAAAGGUCUGAGGAAAAGCAGCGAGUGCUCUGGGAGCCGAAAGACCAUCGCCCCCCGCUGCGUGCCCAACAUGGUCUGUUUGCACAAAUACAUCAUCUCGGAGGAGUCGGUAUUCCUGGUGCUGGAGCACGCAGAAGGUGGGAAGCUAUGGUCGCACAUAAGCAAGUAUUUAAGCAGGAGCACAGACGGGAGCUUCGAUGUUCCCGAAGCGAAGAGCUGCCGCUCCGAUGAAGAUCUUCUGAAAAAUCUGGCCCCUUGUCCCAGGAAUAGCGUUGACUCCAGAAGCAGCGAUAGGAACCUGCUUUCCGUUCAGCAGUUGCACGGCAGUCUCACGCUGAGCUCACAAGACGAUAGCAGCACCCAAGAGGAAGAAGGCAGGGAAAGUCCUCUGAAAUGGGUUGAUUCGGCAUCGAGUUCGGAGGAGGAAUGCACCACCAGCUAUUUAACCCUGUGCAAUGAAUACGGACAAGAAAAAAUCGAGCCCGACGCGUUAAGUGGGGAACUGUUGCUCCGAUUAGAACAGGGACACAGCCGCAAAGGUAUAGACGAGCUAGAAAAGCCCGUUUCCAUUGUUUACGACGACUCGCUGCUCGCUGGCCAGGAAUUUAAGUUAUCGAACGAGACGAGCGAGCACGGUUUAACGGAACCGGCGUCGAUGACGGACGCGCUGAGCAAAUCCAAAAAUAGUCCCAUGGAAUUGUUCCGAAUAGACAGUAAAGAGAGCGCUAGUGAUUUCACGGGUGCUGAUUUUGUAGAGAAGGCCUAUAACGUAGAUUCUGAAAUGUUUGAGCCCGCGCCUCCGUUCCAGGACGACGACACGGAUUGUGAGAUUAAAAUUAGCGAUGCCGACAAGCCAAGCGUCGGCGCCCAUGACACUAUAAGCAGAGGAUCAAACGACUCGGUACCCGUUAUAUCAUUUAAAGACGCCGCUCUGGAUGACAUGAGCGCCGCUGAAGAAGGAAGGCCUGAUCUGCUUGUUAACCUCCCUGGUUCUGAUCACCUGGAAAGUGAAAUCGUUGCGAAAAGCAGCCUCUUGGAAAGUGACGAUAUGGAAGCUACGCUUGUCGAAACACCUGAUGUCUUACAGAUUAAAAGCAGCUUGGAUCAACAGGAGGAGAAGUCUGCUGAACUACGUGAAGUGACUUUUGAGAACACUAAGGACCCCUCCUCUGUGGGUUUCGAUAUUGCGCAUCUGGAGAAUAACUUAAGCACUUUGGAGCAGCCUCCUUCUAUCGAUCCGCCAUCUUUAACUUCAUCAACUUCUUCAUCUACUAAAGAGACGUCACAAUGUCGAGAUGAGCAUCUAUCCGCCUCCAAAGAGCUCGGCAUCGCUCAAGACGCUCUUCCUUCGGCCCAUUCUGACCCCUCCGAGGAUCUAUCAGCUAAUCUAACCCGGCUCCGGAUCCAAGUCGAGGACACAGACCAAAGCAGCCACGAAAAUCCGGAGAAGGACAUCCAUAAAAUAUUCCAGGAGCUCGAUGCGAAGUUAUCCGAGGCGUCCAAUUUCUUCCUUCCGGAGCCGUGCAUCCAACGCUGGGCCGCUCAGCUGGUUGUAGCCCUUGAUUCUCUCCACCGAGAAGGAAUUGUGUGUCGCGAUUUAAACCCAAACAACAUCUUAUUGAAUGAUAGAGGACACAUUCGGCUAACGUAUUUCAGCAGGUGGACCGAGGUUGAAGAAUCCUGUGACAGCGAUGCGAUGGAGAGAAUGUUCUGUGCUCCAGAGGUGGGAGGCAUAGCAGAAGAAACAGAAACCUGUGACUGGUGGAGUCUGGGUGCUAUUCUCUUUGAACUUUUCACCGGCAAGGCCCUGGUUGAAUGCCAUCCAGCAGGUAUAAGCACUCACACAUCGGUCUCCAUGCCAGAGAAUGUGUCUAAAGAAGCCAGAUCUCUCGUUCAGCAGCUUUUGCAGUUUAACCCUAUGGAGCGUCUCGGUUCCGGGGCGGCAGGUGCCGAAGACAUUCGAUCUCACCCUUUCUUUACGGGCGUGGAUUGGGAAGAGUUUACAAGAUGAAAGGAGACCUCACACUACCCGGAGGAAGCAAUUGUUUACUCUGCUGGAAUAUUAGACGGGAGAGGACAAUGGAGUCACUUUCCCUGAAGGAGAUCUCUGUGUUCGUAGGACGGCGACAUGCUGACCGUAGCCAAAUCCCAGAGUAUGAUGCCGUCCUUUUUUAACACUCUUGUGUCUAUUAGAGAAGCGUCAGAACUCUUCCUAAGACGGCGAUACGGCCGCUUAGUCCGACCAGAAGGAUGAUAGCAUGCUCUCCGUGCUUCCUCCGCUCUAGGUGUGCGAAUGUGAAUUAAAAUAUCCGUUUUAUUACCGGGGGCAUUGGCAGGGAUGUAUACGUUUAAACUGGCUCCCGUUCAGUUACAUUAUGCAUAUAGCCUGGGCUUUUACGGAGACAAAUGAAAGAAGCGUAAUAUUGUAACGAUUACCCAACAAUAAAGGCAUUCGCUGGUCAUUAUGCUAUA